GAACACUCCCUCCCUCCCUCCCUAUCCCACUCAUUAGUGUGCUACAUUUCGCUGACGAUCUCGGGGCAAACAAGCGGCGCAGGACUAGUUUCGCUCAUCAGAAGAGAUUUAUACAUCAUUCCGGGACAUUUUUUCGUCUCCUUGUUAAUCGUGGAAUUGAUCCUGUCGACUUUAAGAGGACAAUUUGACUGUGAUAUCGGCGCAGAUCAGUUUAGAAGAUGGUUCGAGUCUCCGCAAUAUCGGUCCUUAUUUUGGGCAUCGUAGUUCCAGGGUUGGCCGGCUAUAUUGAGGCACUUGCAGCCAAUGCGGGCACAGGUUUUGCCGUAGCGGAGCCUCAGGUGGCCAUGUUCUGUGGGAAGCUCAACAUGCACGUAAACAUCCAGACAGGACGCUGGGAACCGGACCCUUCCGGGCUGAAGAGCUGUGUAGGAACCAAAGAGGGCGUGCUGCGCUACUGUCAGGAGAUGUACCCUGAGCUCCAGAUCACUAACGUGGUGGAGGCCAACCAGCCAAUCAGGAUUGAGAACUGGUGCAAGAAGGAGAAGAAGCUGUGUAAAGGCCACGCCCACAUCGUGGUGCCUUACAAAUGUUUAGUGGGGGAGUUUGUGAGUGACGUGCUGCUGGUUCCUGAGAAGUGCAGGUUCUUCCACAAGGAGAGGAUGGACAUGUGUGUCAGUCACCAACAGUGGCACGGGGUGGCCGAGGAGGCCUGUUCCAAGGGGACCAUGGUCCUUCACAGCUAUGGCAUGUUACUGCCCUGUGGCAUUGAUAAGUUCCAUGGUACAGAGUAUGUAUGCUGCCCCUCCCCUGGGGAACCCUCCCUGCCCGCCAUGCCUCCCAGGAGGAAGAAGAAGAAGAUGAAGAGGAGGAUGAAGAGGUGGAGGAGACGGCACUGGAUCAGGAUGAUCUUGUAGAGAAGGAGAGCGAGGCCCCAGCUGAUGAGCAGCCCACCACUCAGAAAGAGGAGGAGCCAUUGGAUGAGGAAGAUGAAGAUGAGGAAGAAUACCACUAUGUGUAUGAAGAUGAGGAGGCCGACAGAGAGGAAGAGGAGGAGGAGGAGAAGAAAGAGAGGGAUAGUGUUCCAGAGAGCCAGGAUGAAGACAAGACCCUGACAGAGGUCAAAGCAGUGCCCCCACCCCUCAGCCCACUGACGAUGUUGACGUGUACUUUGAGACGCCCGCUGAUGACAAGGAGCAUACACGCUUCCAGAAGGCCAAGGAGCAGCUGGAGAUCAGGCAC